UUACAGCCUACAUUGUAGAUUUCUCCAGUGUUUAUCAAUAAGCAACAAUCUCUAAAUCUGACCUAUGAGAUGUGAGAGCUGGAACUUAUUGAAUCAAUUCACAAAAAAAAGUAUGUACAAAAAAAUUGAAAAUCACGCCAUGACAAAGAUAAAGAAAACAAAGCAAAAACAGCCUUUCGAUGUAGGGCAUAGAGUUCGAAAGGUAUCCCACAGAAAUGAACUGUCAUUCUAUCGAGGUUAACCCGACAAGCGUAAACGUCACUUCGAGCGUCAAUGGUUACGCCCACCGUCCCUAUCUACCUUCUCCUAACCCAACUGAUGGCUCUGUCGACGGCGAAACAAGUACCCCUACUCAAAUACCGAGACCUCCUCACCCGCAACUUCUCGAAGAGGUGGCUGUCGCGCAUGUCCGAACGACAGUCCGCCACCAACCCCUACUGCAACCUGUGCUGCCUCAAUAUAACGACGGGGGGCGUGCGCAAGGAUUGCGGCUACCACACCCUAUGCCGUUACACGCAACCGCACUGUAAGGGCUACAUGGGCGUGGCCUUCAGCGAGGCGGAUAAGUACACGAUUCUGGAUGCGCACAACACGCUCAGAAAUGGGAAGGCGGUGCUAGUGGGCGCGGCCAACAUGCGCAGACUGGAGUGGGACGACGAGCUGGCCGAGGUGGCGGAGAUGUGGGCGGCGCAGUGUAACCCCGCCCACGACAGGUGCAGGGACGUGGAGAGGUUCCCGGUUGGGCAGAACAUCGCGGUGGAUUACGCGUCCAAGAGCAACUAUCUAGGAUUCGUGCGUGAUUGGUUUAGGAACACCAACCACUCCCCAUCGUCGCCAGAGUACACGCAGCUCGUGUGGGCGGAGUCGUACGUGGUGGGCUGCGCCCGAGCCGUCUUCCAGUCCACCGACAGUCCCGACCGGCCGGCGGACGUCGUCUACAAGGAGAUUCUAGUAUGCAACUACGGCCCAGCCGGAAACAUACCUGGGCAGCCGGUCUACGCCAAGGGAACGCCCUGCAGCGCAUGUCCAGCCGGUACAGAGUGCGAGGCGGAGUACCCUUCUCUGUGCGCGAGGCGUGGCGACGACGGACACGCCUACAAGACGACACGUAAGUAUAAGACAAAGGAGGAGAAGAAGGGAGUAACCGAAGGAGGGGCGAUGGCCGUCUUCGAUCCAGAUAUGAAUUUCAACGGGAGUUACGGCAUUUACAGCUUAAGUAACCUCAUUUUAUACCCUUAUAUUGUGGGACUGGUAUACUUUGAUUAUUGAAUGUAAUUUUAGGGUUUACAGGUAUUGUGAUUGUAUACUUGUGGAUUAAAUAUGUAAGUAGAG